AUGGAACCAAAUCUACCAGUUAUGGCAAAGAAGUUUUGGAGCAUGGUACGAGUUGCUUUCUUCAUGCUGAGGAAAGGCAUAUCAAAGAGAAAACUAAUGCUUGAUCUCAACAUGAUGAUGAAGCGUAGCAAAAUUGCCGGAAAGGCGAUACAAAACCUCAUGUUCCACCAUACCCACCACCGUUCCUCCUCCUUCUCCCACCGCCGGUCAUACGACGGACGGAUAUCAUUCUCAGUCCCCGGCGAGUACGAGUUCAGCUGCAGUAACAGCCCAGCUUACUUCCAGUUCCCCUUCCACCUCACAAAACGCAAAAACCACCACUCUCACCUCUUCUCUUGCGCCCACGCUCCGCCGACGGACGACGACAUGGUGACAGUUAAUGCGGUUGUGAAGGCGUUAGAGAUGCUGCAACACAGCGAAGCGGCGUCUCCUGCGCUUCCUGGGUUUGGGCGGAGUCCGAUGGUGAGGCAGCUGAGGAUAACGGACUCGCCGUUUCCGUUGCGGGACUUGGAUGAAGAUAACUACGUUGACGAGGCUGCUGAGGAGUUUAUAGUGAAGUUCUACAAUGAUUUGAGGCAGCAGAAUUCAAUGGCUGCUCCCUGGCCACGUUAA